AGAGGACAGCCACGAACCAGAAAAAAACAUUUAGCAGGCGAGCGGGAACCUGGAAUUUUUUUCUUUUUUGUGAGAUCUUCCAUCAAUAUCAGAAUGUUAUGUUAUUGUGCCUCAAAACCGGGAGACCUGCAAAGCCUUUCGGCCCUUGCCCAACGGCUUAUGAAGCUGCCUGACGCAUGUGACUGGAAUAAGAAAUUGGGUGGAAUUGGGCUUUGUUGUGCUUUCAUCGGAGUUUAUGCGAUUUGAACAUCCGAUGAAGGGUUGAUGUUAUAUUGUUAUAUGUUAGCGUUAUGGAGCCAGUGCUGAGUCUGGAAUCUUGCGCGAAAUGUGUACCGCUUUUGGAAGUACUGCUGAAACUCCGUAAUGCCAAUCUUCAGUUUCAAACGAACGUGGAAGAAAUCAGCCUUUUGGUGAAAGAUCGCCAAGCGAAGGAGAAAGAAAAUCAAGAACUGCUGUCGGAGCAAAAGAAGACAAACGCAGAAAAUCAGGAGUUACUAUCGGAAAAUAAGAAAAUGAGGAACGAUAUUAAACGCAUUCGCGAUCAGAAUUUCCAGCACCUGCAGGAUAUUGAACUGCUGAAAACCGAAAAUAGAGAACUGCGUGCUCAGAUUACUAUCUGCAGGGACCGCAAAGAGCAAGGAACGCAAAUAGACACAUUUCCCAAGCAUGCGACGACCCAAACGAAAGUUGCGACCAAAGUGGCUAGGAUUCUAACUGAUAAAUUUCCGUUAUUUCCAGUACCUGAUAUACCUUCCAAGGAAGCAGUCAGCAGUUCUCUUCCUGAGGAUACAGGCAAGAGAAGGUCCCCUGUGAAGCGAAUUGCCAAAAGAAAGAAACUGGAACUGUUGUGUGAAAAUGGAGAUCUGGAAUAUUCAUACGGUAGCGGUAAAGCAGGCAGCUGUGCUAAAUGUGGUACAAGUUUCCGCGGUAGUAUUGAACUUUGCUUAUACUGUUAUCAUUAUCCGGACUACGAAAAUUUUCUUGAUAUUAAGGAUACGCUGUCACGGAAUCCUAGUGAAUACCUUACAGAUGGUGUAUUUAAAAGGCCUAUUUCACCGCGACCAGAGCCAGAUCUAAAGAAAUUGUCGAAAACUUCUCCGCCUUUUGAGCACCCAUCCAGUGCUUAUUCGCGCAGCGUGGAGCCGUCCGAGUACUGUGGUCUGAACGGUGCCGUUGAUUUAUCGCUUGCACCCGAAAAUAUUCCAGAAUCGAGUGUCGACCUUAACGAUGCAAAGGAUCUUCCAAGUGACUGUGUUGCUCACAAUCAGUUGCUAUUACGUGCUACAACAGUGACGAAUCACAUAAACGCCAAUUUCGCCGACGUUGCUCCUGUUAUGUUUGCUGGACCAAUUCAGGAUUUGAAUUUGCAUUUCUUUUCCGAUAGUUUGAAUUCGCGUACCAUGGAGGAUGAUUUGGACGUAUUUUUUCAGUCAGCCAAAGAGUGUGUGCUGAUCAGUGAUUGUCCCGAAUUCGACAGUGGUGAUGAUGCCGAAAUGACAGCAUUAACAGCGGAAGUAGAUCUUAUACUUUCGGAGCUCCGUUGCUUUCGGGACGCUCCUUUGUCGCCCCUGUCGGAAAUCAGUGAAGAAGAAGAUACCGGUUUUGAGGAAGAUGCUGAUUUUAUUUCGAGGUCUGCAGCGGAUGUGGAAAUGGCGGAUGAUCCGGAAAUUACGCAUAUUUUAAGGCGCUGGAGAUUUGAAUUUGGUGCCGAUAUGAGACCGUUAUCGCCAUUGUCUGAACCUGACGAUUGUUCUGCAGACUGAAUGAGAUUGCCAAAAAAAUGAAGUUGUGAUUAAAAUAUUGAUCUACUGUGGUUUCCUUUUAUAACAAAUUUUAAGUAUCCGAUCCGGUGUUACUUUUAAUGGUAACGACUUACAGGGUGAUUGUUUAAGUAAUCAUUGCAUCCAGUGUUGGAUUUUGUUGCUUUCGUUUCGUUUGUUAUUUUGUUGAUUUUGAUUAUCCUGGGAAUUUGGUUAAUGCCAAUUUGGCAUUUGUAAACUCGAAUGAUGAAACUGGUUUGGUUUGU